UUAUCAUCACUUUUGGCGAUAAUACGUAUGGUCAGCUGGGGACGAUGAAGUUGCCUGCGGGAGUGCACUCGCGCUAUGGACAGAAUACUAGUCAUGUGAUGACUGUUGAAGCUGGUGGAGAUUGCAAUUUCGCUACGACUGCACGAGGGAAGGUAUAUGCAUGGGGGAGCAAUAGAUGGGGCCAGCUUGGUAGUUCACUUGGUCAUGUUAUGUGUGAGGCUCCCUUUCACAUCCCGAG